CAAGAGAGCUAUCAAUGUUUUUUUUGGAACCAAAGACACUAUUUUUGAACAUGGUUAGGUUGUCCUAAGGUAAAGCGCACAUAAAGGUAGGUAAGAACGUCGACAACUUUGACCAAUAAACGCUACCGUUUAGACCUUUGGACAUCUAAUCUAUCUCAACUACAUCGAACUUCCACCUUAACGGCCGGUCCACCGUCUCUUCAGAAAGCAAGACAAAACAUCUGUAAACCCGGGAAAAGCACAGACAGAAAUUGGGUCGGAUUCCAAAGAUGGGUGUAACACCAAAAAUUGCUCCAUCCAUGCUUUCAUCGGACUUUGCUAACUUAGCAUCGGAGGCAAACCGCAUGCUUGACUUUGGAGCUGAUUGGCUUCACAUGGAUAUCAUGGAUGGACACUUUGUCCCGAAUCUAACCAUUGGUGCUCCAGUUAUUGAGAGUUUAAGAAAGCACACAAAGGCAUAUCUGGAUUGCCACCUUAUGGUCACUAAUCCUAUUGAUUAUGUUGAACCUUUGGGUAAAGCUGGUGCAUCUGGUUUCACUUUUCAUGUUGAGGUAUCCAAAGAAAAUUGGCAAGAACUUAUCCAAAGAAUUAAAUCAAAAGGCAUGAGGCCUGGUGUGGCAUUAAAGCCUGGAACAGCAAUUGAGGAGGUUUAUCCUCUGGUUGACAGUGAAAAUCCCGUGGAAAUGGUUCUUGUGAUGACUGUAGAACCUGGAUUUGGUGGGCAAAAGUUCAUGCCAGAAAUGAUGGAUAAGGUGCGUGUUCUAAGGAAGAUGUAUCCAUCACUUGAUAUAGAGGUUGAUGGUGGUUUAGGGCCUUCAACUAUUGAAAUGGCUGCUUCAGCAGGAGCAAAUUGCAUAGUUGCUGGGAGUUCAGUAUUUGGAGCUCCUGAGCCAGCUGCAGUUAUAUCCCUUAUGCGAAAGAGUGUUUUGGAAAAUCAGGAGAAAUGUUAACAUUAUUACCGGCAAGAUAAACAUAUGGGUUUUCAUGAGAAAAUUUUUAUGGAUUGUACACUACAUUGGUCUCACAUGAUAAGAUUUGAAAUUCAAUAAAAUGACACUAAUAUUCACAUCAUCUCAUGAUGUGACCUUUUUAGA